UGCGGUAAGGCUUUUAAGGAACACGGUUUCGUGAUUAGAUACGUGUUUGUCUUAUAAUUGAAACCUUUUCCUCUUAUCCCUAUAUAUACUAUAUACUUGGCUCAUCAAAUACUCUGUUAGAUCAAAUCUUAAUUUAUCGCAAAAAGUAUUCUGUUCUUUUUUAUAUGGACCGGAGUCACAAUGACAUUAAAGAUUCCGAUCCAAGAGAUGGUGAAAAUGGUUGGCUCUUUAAGAUCUCAUGGCAUCGAUAUCCCUGAAUCAAUGGAAAUCAACAAAAAAGAGAAGAUCUAUGUAGCAGUGACAGAGAAAGAUCUAGAAAGCAAGUCUAGUCUCGUUUGGGCGAUACAGAACAGUGGAGGCAAAGAGUUUUGCAUCGUCCAUGUUCAUCAACCUAUCCGUAAGUAAUUAAACAUCCACAAGAAUCUUUUUAUGCAGAGGUUAAGGAUUAUUUGGUUAAAUUUGGAGUAUCUUGUGUUCUUGAUUUCAAGCGGGGGAGAUGUUUCACGAGCAGAAAUUGCGUCUCUACAGAAAAGAGAAGGACAAAGCACAUAAGAAUUCGGAGAAGUACCUUCAAAUAUGCAGGCAAAUGCAGGUCACUGCAGAGAUCAUAUAUAUUGAAACGGAUUCGGUAGAGAAAGGUAUCCUCCAAUUGAUAUCUCAGCGCGGAGUCACCAAACUCGUUAUGGGAGCAGCAGCUGAUAGACACUAUUCAAUGAGAAUGAGAGACUUAAAGUCCAAGAAAGCUAUUUACAUUCACAGAGAAGCGCCUGCCACUUGUCUUAUAUGGUUUACGUGCAACGGUUACCUAAUUUGUUCAAGGGAAGCUAGAAGAGCAAAUAACUUGUAUCUAGAAUGUGCAUCGUCAAAUUCUUUGAGUCAAUCCGACAUAACUAGAGGAACUGAAAGUAUAGUUAAAGAUGAUGAUCAUCUGAUCAAAUUAGCUGUCACAGAAGCUGAGGCUUCGAAAAGGAAAGCACGCUUUGAGGCAUGUAAGCGCGAAGAAGCUGAAAAAACUGCAGUUGAUGCACUCAAAAAGGCUAAACAAUGGGAAAAUGUGUAUUUUGAGGAGUUGAAGCAGAGGAAAGAAACAGAGAAGGCACUGAGGAAAAGAAAUGACGAACUUGAAAAGAUGAGAUCAGAAUCCGAGACCCAAAUAACCGAAUCUUAUACUGUGAUUAGAAAGCUUCAAGAAAAGAACAACUUAUCAAUGGAAACGUUUAGAGGAAUCAGAGAAGAACAAGAAGAGUUGAAGAUAAAGCUUAGAGAAGUAUCAAAGCUGAAGGGUAAGCGCGAGGAAGAGGAAGCUUCUACCUCUAACCACCGUGAACCGCCACAAUACUUUAUUUGUCCCAUUACACACGUGAGGAAACGUUACAAGAUCAAUGAAAACUAAAUGAUCAAAAUGUUAUAAUUUUAAGAAAAGAAAAAAAAGACCAACAGUUUUGUUAUUUGUAGGAUAUAAUGGAGGAUCCACAUGUAGCAGCUGAUGGAUUUACAUAUGAAGGAGAAGCCAUAAGCCGUUGGUUUGAGAGAGGACAUGAGACUUCUCCAAUGAUAAACAAAAGGCUUCCUCACACGAGCUUGGUUCCAAAUCUUGCUCUUCGAUCCGCAAUUCAAGAAUGGCUUCAACUUCGUGAAUUAUUGAACAGACCCUCUGCUUGCAGAGAGAUAUAAGUGAUUCGCCUUAAUCAGAGUGACAAAUUUAUCAUAAAUCAAAACAUUUUCAAAUUUUGUCAAUUCAACUUUCUCUAAUUAAUGUUUAUAUUAUUAUAUCAAUGCACAGUGCGUUACAACACAUAUGCUUCUUAGUUAAUAGGAGUUGUUACUCUAUCACUAGUAUUAUUGGUUUGGUCACUCUUUUUUGGGGUGGUUACGCACGUAUAUACUAAAUAUA